GCGGCAAGGGCCGGAAGUUUGAAAGGACGACUUAGCAUGAAUCACAAGCGCAGUCAAUCGAUCAAUUGACGAGCAGACGGUUAGAAAAGGACCGCUUGUGGCCUAGAAAAAGAGGAAUAGGAUGGAGUCAAACGCUCAAAGAGGUGUCAAAGCGAUGGAGUUCAAAUGCCCUGCAUCGUCUCCUCGUCAUCGCCUCACCACCAUCCCUUACUUGAGGCAGGCACAUGCCUCUUCAUUGCGUUCGACGUCGACGGCGAGCCGCUGUACAACGAGAGAGGGAAAAGGGAAAAAUCUGUCAUUCGAAGCCGUCUUGCUCCUGACCCUUGCUUUGCCCUUCUUCUCCUUGGACGCUGGUGGGACGAUAUCCAGGUCCCUAUACACUUCGGAAAGGGUGGGGCUUCCCCUCCUUGGAGGUUGGACGACUCUACGUGAGCGACGCUCCGCGCCGUUGAUGGGCGUGGCCGAGUCGUGCCCGCUUGAAGGGUUGCUGAGCGGUGAGACAACGGGAGUAAGAGUGUGUGAAGAGGGCUGCCGAUGGUGGCCCCCGGUGCCGUGAUGGUGGAGAUGAAAGCGUGAACGCGGCGGAGGCGGGUCGGGUCUCUGUUCCGUCGUUGGGCGAGGGCGAUGCUGAUGGUCGUGGAAUUGGCCGUCGGGCGAGCCAGGCGUGUCCAC